GUGCGGCCGCGGGCAGCGCGGAGCUUGCCCCGCCGCGCCCUGCCCCGCCGUGUGUCCCUGCUGCGGGCGGGCGGCGCGGCGUGCCCGGGGACUGCGGCGCGGGCUCUCCGGUCCUGAAAGACCUUUCCUCCUUGUAUGUGAGGAAGAAAAUUGAAGUCCUCCUUCAGUGAGCUGGAGUUUCCAUUUUUUUACGUUCCUUCUUCAUUCUCUAGCUGUGACUGGAAAACCAUAUCAACCUGUUGCAAGAUCAGAGAACACACAUAUUACACACCCUGGAGCUGAGGCACAGAAGCUGAAAGACUCAUUCAGUGCUGCAUAAGAAAUGUUUGACUGCAGAUCAAGAUCCAUUGUUGAGGAGACAGUCUGGUGUGGAGAUUGCCUCUUCUUACUCAGCUGACCCAGCUCCUGGUCACCAAGCUGCAGAGAGAUUCAGUGGUGUUUCUGUGGUUAAACAAGUAGCCUGCAAAGAAGAAGGCUCGUAUGUCUUAUCUUGCAUGAAGGAGCACACCCUUAGGACAAAAUUGAGUUCCCAGCUUCUGUCAAAAUUUGUGUCUUUGCUUGAGUUUGAGUGAUGUGGAGAAGUGACAGAAGCUCUACAUGAGGGAGGAUUGAUUUAUCAAACUGAUCAUCUGAGAGCAGUACCCUCUUUACCAUAGUUUCUCCAGAGGAAAUGUUGUGCAUCCCCACUUGCAGCAUGGUUUCAAGCUUGGUAUGAAGUGACAACCUGCAUCAACAGAAAUUUGCAACCUGAAGACCCUUUUGUGUGAUCCUACUGUUGGUGUUUCCUUUGUUGUGAAAAGCAUUACCACCACCAAUGAAUGGCUUGAUCUUCACUCUCAGCUCCAGAUGACCUGUUCUGUUGUUCUUAAGGAUGUCGUUUGUUACUGAAAAUGGAGAUGUUACUGCUGGAAAGCCAAAUGAAGAGAAAACAUAUAAAAAGACUGCAUCCUCAGCUAUUAAAGGUGCUAUCCAGUUGGGAAUAGGAUACACAGUAGGAAAUCUUACAUCAAAACCAGACAGAGAUGUUCUUAUGCAAGACUUCUAUGUAGUAGAAAGUGUCUUUCUACCAAGUGAAGGGAGCAAUCUUACGCCUGCUCAUCAUUACCCUGACUUCAGAUUUAAGACAUAUGCACCUCUUGCCUUCCGCUAUUUCAGAGAACUUUUUGGUAUCAAGCCUGAUGACUAUUUGUACUCAAUCUGCAGUGAGCCUUUAAUUGAAUUAUCCAACCCAGGUGCAAGUGGAUCCUUAUUUUUUGUAACUAGUGGUGAUGAAUUCAUCAUCAAAACAGUUCAACACAAAGAGGCUGAGUUUCUUCAGAAGCUCUUGCCCGGCUAUUAUAUGAAUCUGAACCAGAAUCCAAGGACUCUUCUUCCCAAAUUUUAUGGGCUGUACUGCGUUCAGUCAGGAGGCAUUAACAUUAGAAUUGUUGUCAUGAACAAUGUUUUGCCACGAGCCUUGAAAAUGCAUUUCACAUAUGACUUGAAAGGCUCCACAUACAAACGCAGAGCGUCAAGAAAAGAGAGGGAGAAGUCCAACCCUACAUACAAAGACCUGGAUUUCCUACAAGAUAUGCAUGAAGGGUUGUAUUUUGACUCUGAAACACACAGUGCAUUAAUGAAAACACUACAGCGGGAUUGUCGGGUUCUAGAAAGUUUUAAGAUCAUGGAUUACAGUCUGCUUCUGGGGAUCCAUAUAUUGAACAGUAACAUGAAGGAAAGAGAAGGAGAAUGUUCCCAGGCUGCAUCAGAUGCAAAACGCCAUGGAGGGCAGAAAGUUCUCUAUUCCACAGCCAUGGAGUCUAUACAGGGACCUGGGAAGUCUGGAGACUCCAUCACCACAGAGAAAACAAACACAAUGGGAGGUAUUCCAGCAAAAAGCCAUAAAGGUGAAAAGCUGCUUUUAUUUAUGGGUAUUAUUGAUAUUCUUCAGUCUUACAGGUUAAUGAAGAAGCUGGAACAUUCUUGGAAAGCUCUUGUUUAUGAUGGGGAUACUGUUUCAGUUCACCGACCAAGUUUUUAUGCAGACAGAUUUUUAAAGUUUAUGAAUGCAAGAGUUUUCAAAAAAGUUCAAGCUUUAAAGCCUUCACCUUCAAAGAAACGGUGUAAUUCCAUCACAGCCCUAAAGGCAGCAUCACAAGAAAUAGUGUGUGCAGUUAGCCAGGAGUGGAAGGAUGAAAAGCAUGGCAUUCUUGCUGAAGGACAAAGUUAUGCCAGCCUUGAUGAAGAAGUACUAGGUUCACACCACCGGCCAGAUCUAGUGCCCAGCACUCCAUCUCUGUUUGAAGCAGCUUCCUUGGCAACCACACUUUCUUCUUCUUCCUUGAAUGCAGACGAUCACUGUCCACGUGAUCAAUCUACACUCUAUUCUAGCAGUAAAGGCUUACCUUCAAGUUCAACAUUCACUUUGGAAGACAGUGCCAUCUAUUUGACUUCAGAACAGAGCACAUUGGAAAUGGAAAAUGAUAAUGCUUCAGUUUUGGAUGUCUACUUAUAACAAAGAAUACAUGAAGAUUAAAACUAAGAAAAGUGACCAUGGUUAAUGAAGAGCACCUUCUGCACUCCUCGUUUAAGGAGGAUUUGCUAAGCCUAAUAGACAAAGAGUAAUAAUCAACAGAACUAAUUCUAAGAAGUGCCGGGAUCUUUGAACUAUAGAAAGGAUUGAUGAACUUGACAAAAAUGACAUGAGACAUUCCACACUCUGCUGUCAUCUGCCAUUGCUUGCUCAACUGUGAAGGACUGUGUAUUCAGGCUGCUUGCUUUUCAAUAUUGCCAAUCACCUUUUUUGGACUCUGAAGUGAUAUUUUCUUAUCAGCUCUCUCAUGGUUUCAUUUGCAUGCAUUCUGUAACUAUGCACAAGCAAAAUAUAUUUCCUACUUUACCUAUUUAAAAAUAAAGACAGUGGUGAAUAAAAUAAAUUUCAUUUUUCUGAUUCCCUCCGUUCGAAUUGCUUAGGCCCACAUCAGUGGAAAAUGGAACGGAUGUUGUAUGAGGGUUAGGGCAAAUCUCUACACAUACCAUAUGAAAAUGAGCCUUGAAAGAUACUUUCACUGUUGGUAAAAAGGAGAUUAAAAUGUUAUUUAUAAUAUGGCCUUAUGUUGUGUACAUAUAUUGUCCUUGAAAUAUUUUUGAUUUUACUUAAUUUCUUGUAAAAGAGAAAUUCUAUAAUUUAUUUAGAAAAUACUACUGUAAACUAUAGUUUUAUUGAUGAAUAAAAGAUUUUUUUCUGAGGACUA